GAUUGGAAGGCUGGCAGUUGAACGCAGUCGGUACGAAACACGACAGAAGCGUUUUAAAACAGAGAAAGCGUUUUGAAACUGGGUGAUUUGUGGAAGGCAAUUCAUAGACACGUCUACCAACAGUCGCUUCGUCGUGUUUGGGGAUAUUUAUGUCAAUAUAGAGGCGCGAGACUGGCUCUUCUCCCACUCCUGUGCUGCUGAAGUACCCAUGGUGCCUUGCUCAACGUGACCUGUCACUCAUCACUGUCAACACAGCAACAGCAGCGCAGUGCCCCCACACAUCUCAACCGGACCUCCCACGGCCAACUGAGAACUACCCAUCAUGCCUCAGCAACAUGGAUCAUCCAAUCAGUUAACUGGCCUAGUGGAUCCUGUGCGAAGGAAGCUCUGAAACCUCCGUGACCUCUUUGACACCUGAGACCCCCCCUCCGGCCUAUUUCCCUCUCCCCCUUCCCCACCUGUCCACGCCCCCGACUUCGCCACCCUACAAGCUGCACUCUCAAGACCUCAGGAGGACACAGCCCAGAAGAUUAGUUCUGAGCAAAAGAAGACUGCGUUUCCCAGAGUUCCUGGCUGCUCGUCUUCCUCAUUGAGCCACGAUGCACGGAACUGUAGUAUUCCUGGUCGAGACGUUGGUCUGCAUGCUGCUGAUGCUCCGGGCUCAAGCGGGCCAGGGCCAGAACCCGGACCACAUGCUGCACGGCACGGGCGUGAAGGAGGCGGGCCGCGCGGCAGACGGCAGCACGGUGGCCCCGGAGGACGCCGAGCGCUUCCUCAGCUGCUACUGCUCCGGACACUGCCCCGAGGACGCCAAGAACAACACGUGCAUGACCAAUGGCCAGUGCUUUGCCAUCAUUGAGGAGGAUGAGCACGGCGAGGUGUUCCUCACGUCGGGCUGCAUGAGGUUCGAGGGAUCCCACUUCCAGUGCAAGGACUCCCACAAGGCUCUGACAAGGAGGACCAUUGAGUGCUGCCAACAAGACUUCUGUAACCGAGACCUGCAGCCCACCCUGCCCCCGCUCCCCGACCCAGAGAACCCCCACUGGCUGGCCUUCAUGAUCUCCAUGACGGUCUGCUGCUGCACCCUCGUCUGUAUUACAGUCGUCUGCUACUACAGGUACAAGUGGCAGACGGAGCGUCAGCGUUACCAUAGGGACCUGGAGCAGGACGAGGCCUUCAUCCCGGUGGGGGAGUCUCUGAAGGACCUCAUCAACCAGUCCCAGACCUCCGGCAGUGGCUCCGGACUCCCUCUGCUGGUUCAGCGCACCAUAGCCAAACAGAUCCAGACCGUGCGUCUGAUUGGCAAGGGCCGCUACGGGGAGGUGUGGCUGGGCCGCUGGCGUGGGGAGAAGGUGGCCGUCAAGGUCUUCUUCACGCGCGAGGAGGCCAGCUGGUUCAGGGAGACCGAGAUCUACCAGACCGUCCUCAUGAGACAUGAAAACAUCCUGUGCUUCAUUGCGGCGGACAUCAACGGCACGGGCGCCUCCACGCAGCUGUACCUGAUCACGGACUACCACGAGAACGGCUCGCUGACGGACUACCUAAAGUUCACCACGCUGGACACGGCGGCACUGCUGCGUCUGGCCUACUCUGCCGCCUGCGGCCUCUGCCACCUGCACACCGAGAUCUACGGCACGCAGGGCAAGCCCGCCAUCGCCCACCGCGACCUCAAGAGCAAGAACAUCCUGGUCAAGAAGAACGGCACGUGUUGCAUCGCCGACCUGGGCCUGGCCGUCAAGUUCAACAGUGACACCAAUGAGGUGGACGUGCCUCUGAGUACGCGUGUGGGCACGCGGCGCUACAUGGCGCCUGAGGUGCUGGAGGAGAGCAUGAAUAAGAACCACUUCCAGGCCUACAUCAUGGCUGACAUCUAUAGCUACGGCCUGGUGGUCUGGGAGAUGGCCCGACGCUGCGUCACCGGAGGCAUAGUGGAGGAGUACCAGCUGCCGUACCAGGAGAUGGUUCCCCCCGACCCCUCCUACGAGGACAUGCUGGAGGUGGUGUGUGUCAAGGGGCUCAGGCCCACCGUCUCCAACCGCUGGAACAGCGACGAGUGUUUGCGAGCCGUACUGAAGCUGAUGUGCGAGUGCUGGGCCCACAACCCCGCCUCCCGCCUCACCAUCCUCCGAGUCAAGAAGACCCUCGCCAAGAUGGUGGAGUCGCAAGACAUCAAGAUCUGAGCCCUUACACGCACACACCAACAAACGCGCACACACACACUCACACUCCUACGCGUGCGCAUGCACACACCCUCCCACACACACACACACACACACACUCCUCAAACACUCUGGACACACACAUACAUGAACGCACCCUCCAAGCCGUCUGGCUCCCACCCAUGCCCUGGUCAGAACAAGAGGACUCCUGCAGCUCCUUUGAGACAUUGAAUGAACUCAUGCAGAUAGAAGAUAGCCACACACAGAUACGUAUACACAAACACAAGGGACAUGCGUGUGUGCACUGCUAACUUGUCAUGCCCGUGACCGUGAAGGACAGUGGAAAUCACACGAGUGUGCAAAUGAGGAGUUGCUACAUGGGAGUGUGUGUGUGGGUGUGUGUGUACACGUGUGUCGUUCACACUAAAACUAACCUCGAUGUCCAGACUGGGAGAGGACUGCCAUCUUCCUGGAUGCUUUCUGUGAAAGCUGUAUAAUGCAAGAGGAGGAAGAGCAACCCACAACCACACACACACACACACACACACACACACACACACACACACACACACACACACACACACACACACACACACACACACAGGCACCACUUCAAGACUCACCACCCCGGGAUGAGAACAUACAGAUUCGCACGCAUGGAAAUAGACUCAAGACUUUUACUGCCUUAGAGAAAUUCCUCCGCUGCCAACUUUUUUGUCGCCAACUUUUUUGUUUUUUUGUUUUGUUUAUUAAUUUAAGGCCAACGCCCACUCCGUGCCUGGCUUCCCUUUCUCCUGCUGGCAUUUCUGUUGGUGCCAUGGUUGAACUCUUAACACUACACCACGUACAUCUAAGGUACUACUAAAACUCAUCACCGUGGAAGCAUCGUGGUAUGAAGAUGACUCCACGUCGUCUGGUGCCAUUGUGUGUCUGUUGUCCGUCCGGCUUUUAUUAUUAUGAUUAUGAUUAUUAUUAUAUAAUUAUUUUCUUUU